UGACUCUCACAAACAUGAUGGUGUUCUCCGUUUUGCUCUACGACCCCCAAAAGCGUCACGGGACUAUGUCUGAACCGUUUGGGCUACACACUAAUAUGGCACCUCUGUGGAAAGCAACGACAAACCUGCCUUGGAGAAGUCAAUCAAGAUGAAAUCGGUCAUAAAAAUUCUGCAGUCAAAACCUGCUGGCUCUGGAUCUGGUGGCAAGGACUCCGACAGCAGCCAGCGGAGAUACGGACGCAGGAGCCCCAGCCUAGACCAGUUUGGCCGGGUGAAGAAAAGGCGGAGCACGAGCAGGGAGCGCAAAGAGCGGGGUGAUAGAUGCAAGUACAGGCGCAGUCGCAGCAGGAGCCGGGGCAGGGAGAUGAACAGGAGACGAAGCCACAGUCUGGAGAGAAAAGAUUACAACCACAGUAGCGGAAGCAAAAAGAGGACUUCCUCAACAAGGAGCCGCAGCAAGGAGCGAGAUGGAACCAGUCAGAGGAGGUCCAAGAAUUGUUCAAGCUCAGUAAGUAGAUCUCCAGAUAGAAUGAACAAUGAGCUAGAAAGAAAGAAGAAGGAACUAGAGGAGCUCAAUGAGUUGAUAUACCGCAAGAGAGCCAUAGUUGCCAUGGAGAAACAUGGUGGAGUUCCCAAUUUCUUCUCAGAAGUGAAGCCUAUGGAGAAGACCUGCUUUGACUACAAUCAUGGAAUGGCAGAGCUUCCUACACAACCUAAACCACCCACUGACAUCAAACCCAAGUCCAUUCUGAAGAAACGAUCAGACCAUGUCGCAGGUCCACUUUUCUCAAUGCAGACUGAACUCCCUAAAGCUCAACCUCUUGAUCAAAGGCUUGUGGAACAAUACGGUUAUGACGUUGAGACGCCCUAUAAACCACACUCUGCCCAACCACCCUACACCCAAACAUCCAGUCAGAAGUCCUAUUAUGAACGUUCACUUGCUGGGCAUCCUGUUCCUGACUUAUCUGCCAAGUAUGAUCCAUAUGAGCAGACUUCUAGAGAGCACCCGUCGCAACCUUCUCCAGUUCGCCAAACACCUCUUGACCCUCAUUCUUCAAAUCAACCUCCCAUUCGAGAGUCUCAGGAAAAGAACCCUAACCUGAACACCCAGCUCGCCCGUUUCCUCAACACCCUCAACAAAGGUGUGGAUGCCGGUCUGCUGUCAGCUAUGGUCAAGGAGUCUCAAGAGGAGAUUGCUGGUAUUCAGGAAGAUAGUUACAUACUUCAAAAGCCUUAUUGCGAGUUGCUUGACCGUAGGGAUGAAGAUCAGUACAGAGAUGAGCCCUGUACAGAGGAAGCGCCAGAGUGCCCACGCAGGGGCUUCAUCAGGGAGCGAGUGAAGAACUCCAACGACUAUGAUAACUCCAGGAACGAAGACUGGCUGCUGCCUCACGAGAGAGCAAUCCAGGAAGGUGGUGGCUUUCCCGGAAUUCUUGGAAUGAUGUCCCACAGCCAGCUAUUGAGAGAACCUGAACGUGUGGAAGAAGAGGACUUCCUCUAUGGGGGUAAAGCCCCUGCAGCGGCUGAGAAGGAGCACUGUGAGAAACCUGGGCGGUCAGACAGGUACAGGGAUAACAAGAGGUCCUGCUCAGCCAGAGUCCCGGUGGAGGAGACCAGGCAGCAGGAGAGUCGGGAAAAGACGCAGCACUUCGACAAGAUCAAGAGCCUGCUCCAGGUCAUCGGCUUGAAUCUGGACACCUCAGAGGUCACCAAGCUUGCAGACAGGACCCAGGAGCGCCUCUACGGGACAAAGUCAUCCAAACACUCAUCCGAAUCCUCAGAGAGAGAGACGAAGCACUCAUCUAGGCGGGGAGAUCGGCAUCGGCACCGCACCACCGACGACUCUGAUUCCAAAAGCUUGCGGUCAGCCUCGCCAUUCAGGUCUUCCCAGCGGGAGGUGUACCUCAGCCCCCAAGACACCUCGGAACAUGGAGGGUUCCUUGACCCGGAAGAGGAGGCGGCCUUAGAGAGGGCCAGGCAGAUGCUGAGCCUCACCAGGACUGUGAGCGUCUUGCCCCCCACCCCCUCCUCACAGCCUGGCACCUCCUAUUCCACCGCACAGUGGAACUGUCCUGAGAAGACCCAGCCCAUCGCGCCUAAGAGUUGGCCUAGCAAGGGUUGUAGUACCAACUAUCUCUCAUCACUGCCACCCGGUUCCUCAGGUCCCCCCGAACAGAUUUCCCCGGUUUCAUCCAUGACAAACACGCCUGAUGUUCCAGCUGGUCAACAAGCAGCCGGGGUGUGUACUUUUACUUCACCUAUGGGACAAUCCCCUGACCUACUCACUGCCUUGCCCUCCUCCACUUAUUAUGGGGAGCCUAGUUCCCCCAUGAUACCGUUUACAAAGACUCAGUUCACACAACAAUUGAAUAUAUUGAAUCAAGUGACUAUAUCAAAUCCUACAAGGGAUGUCUUGAGUCAAAUCCUCCAAGUCACCAACCAGUCUAGAUGCCUCAAGGUGAUUGAAACAGUCAAAAGUGUGUCUGGUGCACAGCAGGAUUCACCAAGACAAAAUAUCACCAUACCUCUCCAGAUCAAAACACAAAGCCCUGAUUCUGCAGGUGGACGGCCCUCUCCUCCCCCUCAAUCACCAGAGACUCGGGGUCCACCAGUGACAGAAGACGAUAUCAAGGCCAAACAGAAGAAAAGGCUGGAGCAGUUUAACCUGCGGAUGAGACGGAAGAAUCAGGAGAGGAAGAACGAUACUCGUGACACUAGGAUAAACACAACAGGAAAAGUUCCCAAAGUUACCUUUGCCAACACUGAGACUAGGAAUGUGUGGAUCUGUGGACACUCGCUUAUAUAUUGGGCAGAGAUGAGGGCCAAGUCGCCUGAGAUUGGCAUGCAGUUGGGCAUGGACCCCAGCAGUGUGCGGGUGUGGUGGAAGGGCACACAGGGCAUGACGUGGGCCCAGCUGCUGCCCCAGUUAGACCAGCUGAAGAUCAAGUGGCCCAAACCGGACGUGGUCAUCCUGCACCUGGGUGGGAACGAUCUGGGUACCCAAAGCCCUGAAGCCCUUAUGUCGUCUGUGAAGAAGGACCUGACCUCCAUGAGGAGCAUUUUCCCACAAUGCCGGUUGGUCUGGUCCGACAUCUUGCCCCGGAUGUCCUGGAGGCAAACGGAGGACAGCGAAGCAGUGGACAAUGUUAGAGCCGCCAUCAACAGAAAAGCUCACGCCAUCAUCGCUGAGCUAGGUGGCACCGCUCUGACCCAUAAAAACAUCACGUGUUGCUCAGACGCAGGCCUGUACAGGCCAGACGGGGUUCAUCUGUCUGGUAAAGGUAUUGAUACUUUCAACUUGAACCUGCAGGACUUUUUGGAGAAGUGGGAGACCGAGGCAAACGAUGUUCCUGAGAUGACUUAAGAAAUGACCAAUGAAUGUUGUUUUUUAUGGGGGGGGGUAUUUUCAUUUUUCUAUUGUAAUCGCUUCCUCUCUGCUGGUUGAUUUAGAUGUAAUGUAACUUCAUUGCAAAUAAUACAUUCUGUUAUCGGUGUAUCCACUUUGAUUAAAUGCUGUAUGUAAUCUUACUUUAUAAAGUUUUAGCAUACUGGUGAUUAGCAUGUUCUGUUUAUCCACAAAGUGCCAGGCUUUUACUUAUUGUAUACAUUUUGUUGGGCAAAAAAUAAAUAAAACUAGACAAUUGGGAAA